GGAAGAGGAACGGUUUAAAUUAAGAUUCGAAAUUUAUCAGUCAUUUUUGAAUUGAUAAUAUUAGCGGUGAAAUGCGGAAAGUAGCGGUGUUGUUGUUAGUUUUGUUUCAACUGUGCUUAGGAAAAUCGGUAGAAAACGAUGGUGAUGAGCUUGUUGGAGUAGCUGUGUGUUAUAGACAUGGCGAUCGAGCACCUGUAUCAUCUUUUCCUAACGAUCCUUAUGAUGACGCUAAGUAUUGGCCAGAUGGCAUCGGAGAAUUAGUGAAUAAAGGAAAAAUUCAUCAAUUUCAAUUGGGACAAUGGCUUCGACGCCGUUACAAGAACUUCCUAUCUACUCGGUAUUACCCUACAGAACUAUUUGUUCGCUCUACAGAUGUAGAUAGAACCCUCAAUUCUGCAGCGUCUAACUUGGCUGGCUUGUAUUACCCUGAGGACAGCCCCGAUCCUGUUGAAUGGCCUCAAGAUUUACCUUGGAACCCGGUACCUAUCCACACGGUGUCAUACUCAGACGAUUCUGUGCUCGCUAUGAAAAAGGAAUGCAAGAAUUUUGACAAGCUGUACAAAGAGACCGUAGACUCUGAGUACUUUAAGAAUGUAAUGAAGAACCAUACGCAGCUUAAAGAAUUUGUUGAUAGCAAAACUGGCUGGAACACCACUUUGGAUCUAUUUCGAAAUCUUUGGACUGUGCUUUAUAUCUAUAACGAAACUAAUUCUUCGUACCUCCCAGAUUGGGCCAAUGAAAUAAACCAAGAAGAGCUCGCUGAAUUGGCAGGACUUUCAUUCAGUACAGAAACGUUUACGCCCAGCUUGCAACGCUUCAAAGUAGGACCGUUUUUUAAUUAUCUUAACGAUUAUUUUGACGGAAUCUUAAAUGGUACAAAUCCUAAAUUUUUGAUGCUUUCUGCGCACGACGGUACGAUUGCGUCUAUUUUAAAUACCUUUGGAGAUUACAACUACAAGCCUCCUCAAUUUUGUUCUACGAUUAUUUGGGAGCUAUAUAGAAGUUCGGCCGGGGAACCAUACUUGAAUAUAUAUUUUAAAGACGGCUUUAAAACCGAGUCUGUCGUAGGAGUAAAAAUCGGAAAUUGUGUAAGUGCUUGUAGGUACGAUUUCUACAAAAAGGUAUUGAUAAAUAUAACCGUUGAUAAAGAUACUUGGGAAAAUGAGUGUAACGCAGAUAAGUCAGCGUGAUUAUCAACAAAUAUCAUUUGUUAUUUAAUUAUUGUAUAUAUUUCAGCUUGAAAUCCAAAAUUAUAAAUACAUAAAUUUUGUAGAAAAAAAAUCAAUAGCUGU